AUGUCAGAAGUACUGACUAUUCUCGAGCAGCCGAACUCAAUCAAAGAUUUCCUCAAACAGGAUUCAAAUAUUGCGUUUCUAGCUGGUGGAGUAGCUGGUGCGGUUUCCCGAACCGUUGUUUCACCCUUUGAAAGAGUUAAAAUACUGCUGCAAGUUCAAAGUUCGACCAAUUCUUAUAACCAGGGUAUCUUUAGCUCUAUACGGCAAGUUUAUCAUGAGGAGGGAACCAAAGGUUUAUUCAGAGGAAACGGUUUAAAUUGCAUAAGAAUCUUCCCCUAUAGCGCAGUCCAGUUUGUAGUAUACGAGGCUUGUAAGAAAGAUUUAUUUCACGUGAAUGGUUAUGAUGGGCAAGAACAACUAACAAACGCCCAAAGACUAUUUAGUGGUGCAUUGUGUGGUGGUUGCAGCGUGGUGGCUACUUAUCCGUUGGACUUGAUCAAAACAAGAUUAUCGAUUCAAACAGCAAAUUUGAGUAGUCUAAACCGAUCAAAGGCGAAAAGCAUAUCAAAGCCUCCGGGAAUCUGGCAAUUACUAAGCGAAACGUACAGAUUGGAAGGCGGCCUCAAAGGAUUAUACAGGGGCGUAUGGCCAACAAGUCUUGGAGUUGUUCCAUAUGUAGCACUAAAUUUUGCGGUUUAUGAACAAUUAAGAGAAAUUGGCAUCAAUACUUCAAAUGCUCAACCCUCUUGGAAAAGCAACCUCUAUAAAUUAACAAUCGGCGCCGUGAGUGGAGGAGUUGCGCAAACAAUCACUUACCCCUUUGAUCUACUAAGGAGACGAUUUCAAGUUCUUGCGAUGGGUGGAAAUGAACUGGGAUUCAAAUACACUAGUGUCUGGGAUGCGCUGGUGACAAUUGGUAAAACAGAAGGCGUCAGCGGUUACUACAAAGGCCUAAGUGCAAACCUCUUUAAAGUUGUCCCUUCAACUGCAGUAAGUUGGCUAGUUUACGAAGUUGUAUGUGAUUCAAUAAGAAAUUGGUGA